AUGGAGUGUGUCACGCCCACAACAAAGUACACACUGCUGGUGUUUGUGGCUGCCGGGCUGAUCAACGUGACCCCCGGGCAGAAGGCGGCGUUACACAUGGGGGUGCUGGUGCCCCUCACCGGGGAGAAGAGGGUGGGGUACGAGGCGGUGGCCGCCGCACAGCUGGGCGUCCAGAGGAUCAACUCUGACCCCGGCCUGACGACCUUCAACUUUACGGUCAGUGUCAAGGCCACGGCGUGUGACGUAGGAGCCGGGUUGCAGGAUGUGGUGGAUUUGUACAGCUGUGAGCACCGGGUUGACGCUUUCAUCGGUCCAUCUUGUGAGGAGGUGUGUGAGACGGCUGGCUUGUUGAUUGGACGGUGGGGAAUCCCCAUGGUCAGCUAUGGUUGUGAGGAGAGUACGCUGCUAAAUAAAGAAACCUACCCGACCUUUCUCAGGACGUCAGGCAGCUACGUGGCAAUGGCCGGUUUUAUCAAAGACAUCUUGGUGCAUUUUGGUUGGUCUCGUCUGCUCCUGGUCACGACGUCAUCCAAAAUAUGGCAGGAGACGGAAGCGGAAAUGUUGAAAGCUCUCCAGGGCAGUUUUGUCUGUGACGUGUGGAGCCUGGGAGACAACGAGCUGGGUACCAUCGCUUCCAGCAUGGGCGGGAUUACACAAGUACAGAACAACUACGGGAUGUCCAAUAAGGGAAAGAAGAAAGAUGGCCGUUUUAAAGGAAUUUAA